GGCCUCGCGCGGGCUUUUCAUGGAAGAGAUGUCCGGAGAGACGGUGGUGAGCACAGCAGUGCCGGCAGCUUCCACUCGCACCACCUCCUUCAAAGGCGCCAGUCCGAGCUCCAAGUAUGUGAAGCUGAACAUCGGUGGGGCGCUUUACUACACCACCAUGCAGACGCUGACUAAGCAGGACACCAUGCUGAAGGCCAUGUUCAGUGGUCGGAUGGAGGUUCUCACGGACAGCGAAGGCUGGAUUUUGAUAGACCGCUGUGGCAAGCACUUUGGAACCAUCUUGAACUACCUGCGCGAUGGUGCCGUGCCACUUCCGGAGAGCCGGCGGGAGAUCGAAGAGCUGUUGGCAGAGGCAAAGUAUUACCUGGUGCAGGGCCUGGUGGAUGAGUGCCAGGCCGCCCUCCAGCAGAAUAAAGAUGUCUAUGAGCCCUUCUGCAAAGUGCCCAUCAUUACAUCCCCCAAAGAAGAACAAAAACUAAUCGCUACGUCGAACAAGCCGGCAGUCAAGUUGCUGUACAACAGAAGCAACAACAAGUAUUCCUACACCAGCAAUUCUGAUGACAACAUGCUGAAAAACAUCGAGCUCUUUGACAAGCUGUCGCUGCGGUUCAACGGGCGCGUCCUCUUCAUCAAGGAUGUCAUCGGGGACGAGAUCUGCUGCUGGUCUUUCUACGGGCAAGGGCGCAAGAUCGCAGAAGUCUGCUGCACGUCCAUCGUAUACGCUACUGAGAAGAAACAGACCAAGGUUGAGUUUCCAGAAGCCCGGAUUUACGAGGAGACAUUGAACAUCCUGCUGUACGAAGCGCAGGAUGGGCGAGGGCCAGACAACGCCCUGCUGGAGGCCACCGGAGGGGCAGCUGGCCGCUCCCACCACCUGGAGGAGGACGAGGAGCGAGAACGCAUUGAGCGGGUCCGGAGGAUUCACAUCAAGCGCCCGGACGAUCGGGCUCACCUCCACCAGUGAAGGCGGCCCGCUUGGCCCCCGUUUCGGAAAUCUCCGUCCAGCAUCCUAAUUUAUAUCCUGUGAGAUCUAUCAAGUGUAUUUUAAAAAGUGAAUUAAGAGUAUUUGAGGGUACUGGACAAAGUAGUUCUGUCGCUAAAGUCCAGGAGGUGUCUGA